AUGAAUCGAACCAAAGUCACCGUGGCGUGCCAGGCUUGUCAAAAAAAAAAGGUUAAAUGCACUGGUGUCGCUCCAUGUACUAACUGUAAUAGAACUGGUCAUCAAUGCGAAUUUACUGGCACUGCUAAAAAACGUGGUCCUAGAAAUGGUACCGUCGAGGUGAUCAAAAGUUCGGCUAGUAGAAUUGAGAAUGUUUUGGAAAAAAAUCCAAGUUUACGACCUCAAAUCGAACAAAUGAUGAAACGUAGCUCCUCGGUCCGUUCGUCGAGAUCCCCUUAUGAUGUAUCCCUUAACUCCAUAAUGAUGGAUGCUUCUCGAUCUCAUGCUAUUCAUAAUACCUCUAGAACUUUUCCGUAUCCUACGCCAAGAGGUCAUUAUUCACAACGAAAACAUGAUCGAAUGAAUUUAUAUGCAUAUUCUCGAGACGAUAAUUUUAUUGAAUUACAGUCCCCUCAUGAGAUCAGACAGGAAGUCGUGCGACCUGUGCCAAAGUAUCCCUUAAACAUGAGAAAUCAUGUGACUAACGGAAUUUCAGAUCAAUUCUCCGCAAAUACAAAUUCAUCGCAUAAUAUCAAUACCGUUGCCAUUCCACAAUCAUUACCACCGAUCACCACGUUAGAAACUUCCCCGCUUGUGGAGUGCUCUUCUGCACAAUUAAAUGCUCCACUUAAACCCAGAUUGCUGUUAACCGGCACACUAUCCGACGUGCCACGACCUCGACAAACAAAUACAAGUCCAUUGCCACCUUUGUUGCAAUCAUUGGGCGAAGAUUCUAUGAAAUUACCAAUUCCUUGGAUGGCACAACAGCCGAAAAAAUCAAUGUCAAUGCCGAUUCUUGGAAAUUCUGCUGGUAUCCAUUUAUUACUUUCUCCUGCGCCAGAUUUGGGGAAUCCUCUCGAUAAUAAUCGUCAUUUGGUUCAAAUGAACCCUCAAUUUUCUACUGACUGUUCAUCUGCCACUUAUGAUGCUUCAAAAUCUGAAAAAACUUCAUCACCGCCAAUGAAUUUACCCUCGCCGCCGACUUCUUCACCUGAAUCCACGUCUCCAAAAUAUCACGUUAAACCUAUCGCUAAUAAUCCGUUAACACCAACUUCUUCACCACCCUCAUCUCCGUUUCCACCAUACGUUGCUUCAAAUUCAUCGUGUCAAUCAACGCAUCUUUUAUAUCAACCAGUACGAUGGAACAAUACCGAUCUCGACGCGUAUCAACAUAAUGAACGUGUAAACAUUGAACGAAGUGCUUCUAAUAGUAGCUCUCACUUUUUAUCUUAUUAUAAAAGUCAAAUAGCAGCACCGAAUAUAGACAGUUAUAAAUGCUGUGAUGAAAAUGAACAUCAAACCAGUGGUAGUGCAGAAAAGUCUUCUGAAUGUCUUUCUUCUACGCAAAAUGAACAAUGUGUUGAUGGUAAUAGAGAUGGCCACUUAAAUAUAAUUACACGAAAUUAUCCUUAUACCUUCAAUUCUAAUCUUCAUAUAAAAAGUCGCAACUUAUUUCGGAGAAAAGCAUGCCCUUAUCCCUUCUUUAUGAAUAUGCCAUAUGCAACAAAAACUCAAUCUGGAGGUUGUAAUAAUCGGUAUGGUGGUUGGCAAGGUUGUAGCUCUGAAAUAUAUAAAGGAAAUUGUAAUGAUUGUAAAGAUUUUGGUGUUGAAGUGGUUUCUCCUCCUAUAUGUAAUCCUAUUGUUUCUGUACCUGCUACUAUAGAAGCAGCUCCAGCUGAAAUGAAUCUAAUUGAAUUGGACUCGAUUGAUUCGGAACCAAUCGAAAUAGAGCCAAUCGAAGUGGAACCAAUAGAAAUUGAUAUGGAAGAAUUUUAG